AUGACUCAAAACAAUGAUCUUCUUUCUUCCGAGUUAAACAAAUGGACUAAAAGCAUGCUCGUUGACUAUAUAGUGGCGCAGACUCUGCCCACUGGUGUGAAGCUAAGUGACGACUUGUCUAAGUUUUUAAAAGAUUCUUCUUCUGAUCCUGUUUCGCCUUCGCAUGAAAACUCAAUUAAUAUUGCUAAUAUUCUCCAAUCCGUGGUUGUGGAGCUCAAAUCCGUGGCUCUUAGUAACGCUAAGCUACAUGAUAAGCUCAACCACCUCAAUGCGGCACCUAAUGCCCAAACUCCCAAAUCAAAUGUUCAACUCUUUAAACUGCCCGUUGAUGUACACCCGAAGUCGGUUACGGGUAAUCAACCCGCAAACCGAUUGACUGCCAGUGAAUCUUCGUCUGUAAAAUCAAAAUUCAUUGUUGGUUCUGUAAAGAACUCAUCUUCCAAGCUGUCAUCAGUGCCUGUGCGUAAGCAUGUUGAUAUUUUUGUCUCGAGGCUUGAUCCAAGUGUUACAACUGCCCUGCUAGAAUCUGAAUUGUUCAAUGGUUACUCAGACGUGACCAUCAGCAAAAUGGUUACAAGGCAUCCAUCAUACUCUUCGUUCCAUAUUCGUCUGCCUGCGGAUAAGCUGGAUAUUGUCCUCGAUCCUGCAUUCUGGCCCGAUGGUGUAAUGGUCAAACGUUUUUGGGGUCGUCUUGCUCCUGAGAUGAUUCAAGACGCCACUCCAAAAAACUGA